GAGGUUGCCCAGAGGCACCGCGCCAUGGACGAUCCCGGCGGCGGCCAGUCUGCACCGGCCGCCGCCGCGAGCAGGCCGACGGCGAUGACCAUCCAGUCGGAGGACCUGGUGAAGCACGAGGACUGGGCGUCGAACAUCGUGGAGAAGUACAACGCCACGGCACGGAAGGUCCUCGCCGCGCAGGUCGAGCUCCAGCAGGUCCAGGCUGAGCAGGGACGCUGCGUGCAGGAGCUCCAGAAGAUGGCGACCCAGAACAGUGAGCUGGACGUGAGGCAGCAGAAGAUGAUUGAGGAGCUGCAGAAGGCCGACAAGGAC